GUGGUGCAGCUGAUGCGUUCAGGUGUCGCAGUGUCCCGUGUGGAGACAGAAAGGGCGAAGUUUCUCUCUGCACUGCAGCCUGGCCGCUGCUGCCGGAACCAACAACACAACAAUGGCGACUCCCAGUCGGGACAGCAACUUCACCAGCGGCUCCAGUAACACCGGAAACAUCGUCGGAUCCACGUCGCACCAUUUUCACCCGCAGACUCAGAGCAGCAGCAUGCAAGAAACCAACACCUGCUGGAGAUGUCAGAACGAAACAGGGUUUCAGAUAAGCCUGUCUGGUGUUUCCCAAAGUAAACGUAAAGCUCUGAAGCUGAACUUUGCAAACCCUCCAGUGAAGCCGGCCUCCAGGCUACCCAUCAACCCCACACCCCCCUCCUUCCAGAACCCCCACAUAGAGCGUCUGCGGACGCACUCCAUCGAGUCGUCGGGGAAGCUGAAGAUUUCUCCGGAGCAGCACUGCGACUUCACGGCCGAGGACCUGAGAGACCUCGGGGAGAUCGGCCGGGGGGCGUACGGCUCCGUCAACAAGAUGGUCCACAAACCUACGGGACAGAUCAUGGCUGUCAAGAGGAUUCGCUCCACGGUGGACGAGAAGGAGCAGAAGCAGCUGCUGAUGGACCUCGACGUGGUGAUGAGGAGCAGCGACUGUCCCUACAUCGUCCAGUUCUACGGAGCACUCUUCAGAGAGGGCGACUGUUGGAUCUGCAUGGAGCUCAUGUCUACCUCAUUAGACAAAUUCUACAAAUAUGUAUAUUUUUCAUCAGAUGACGUCAUUCCAGAGGAAAUAUUAGGAAACAUCACAUUAGCGACGGUUAAAGCACUGAACCACUUAAAAGAAAACUUGAAAAUAAUCCACAGAGACAUCAAACCUUCCAACAUUCUGAUGGACCGGCGAGGGAACAUAAAGCUGUGUGACUUCGGGAUCAGCGGUCAGCUCGUCGACUCCAUAGCAAAGACCAGAGACGCCGGCUGCAGGCCGUACAUGGCGCCGGAGAGGAUAGACCCGAGUGCGUCCCGUCAGGGCUACGACGUCCGCUCCGAUGUUUGGAGUUUGGGAAUCACGCUGUACGAGCUGGCCACAGGACGGUUCCCGUACCCGAAGUGGAACAGCGUCUUCGAUCAGCUGACUCAGGUGGUCAAAGGUGAACCGCCGCAGCUCAGCAACUCAGAGGAGCGACAGUUCUCUCCAAAGUUCAUCAACUUUGUGAACCUCUGCCUGACAAAGGAUGAAUCUAAAAGGCCAAAGUACCGAGAGCUUCUGAAACAUCCCUUCAUCAUGAUAUACGAGGAGCGCUUAGUGGACGUCGCCUCGUAUGUGGUUCGCAUCCUGGAUCAGAUCCCCGCCUCGCCCGUCUCCCCCAUGUACGUCGACUGAUGGAGAUCAGCUGGUGGUGGGGGGGUUCAGGGGGGGUUCACUAAGCUUUGCGAAGCGACUCUCGCCAUGUUAGCCCCUCAGAGUAGUUUAAUCACACGUUCCAAAGAAACAAAGGAACUCACAAACUGCAUCAGACAAACAUCACCAAAUAUUCCCCCUCCCGUCACGUCAUCAAAGUCAAACAUCAGCAUCCAUCUUCACCCCGAGAACACUUGAACACACGACUCUGUCUCAAGAGAACGCAAGACGUCCUUCAUGUGAGCAGAAACAUUUAAUAAAUAGAUAUAUUUACUUGAAGAAGUCGAUGUUCACAAAGACAGAAUCUACCAAAUCAAAGGAACAAACAGAAACACACACACGCGCACACACACACACACACACACACUGUUAAAGUCGAGUAUGCAAAGUGCUUCUUCUCUGUGAGAGCUCAUAGAUUCGGUCGCGUGGCUUUACUUUUUAUUUUUGUUUUUCUUCGAUAUGCAAUCUGUGAGCGUCUGUCUUCACUCACGUUUAAAGUUAGCUCCAGUUUGUGCUUUUUCUAUUUGACCUUGUCAUCAUGAGUUUCAGCCACAGAGAUAAAGAUCCAUGUGUCUUUAAAAACAAAGAUAGAGAUAGAGAGAGAGAAAUGACAUGCGGUGAAAGGAGCCAUGAUGUCAAACUCAAGUUGCCUGCUCACAAGGACCACAGCCACUAAGCCAUAAGGCUACAGACCCCCCCCCCCUUUAAUAUCUUUAAAGAAGACUUCUGGCAGAUUGGAAGAUGUUUGUGGAGUUGCAUUAAGUCUUCAUGAAAUCCAAAUCCAAGGUUUAUUUAUGCCUUUUUAUGCCUUUAUUUUAGAGCUAUAAGAGUGGACAGAAAUCUAAGAGAGAGAGAGAGAGAGAGAGAGAACGACACUCCACAGGGACGAGGGAACACGGUGAUGAGGGAACAUAGACACGCUCCCGUCUCUGUUGCCCAAAAAAUGUUGAGGAGAUAUUUUCCCUGUAGCUUUAACGUAAAUGUUUGAAACAUUUUAUCAAAUCUGCAAGCAGGGGCGCAAAUGAGAUGCCCAAAGUUUUAUGAUUAUGCAUAUCCUGAAUUUUCUUUUGAAUCAUGCUAAAAAUCUUUAUAUUCAUGACAUCACAAAAUCCUCCUGAUGUCCUGAGGUUAAACAUGAAAUGUUCUCGCCAAACUCCAUUCACAAAACAA